CUCAACAUGGAUUGCUCUUCAGAUACAACUCCCUCCCUGCACUCUAAGUGACAUCUUUAGCUUCACAUCGUAUCAUUUGGAUCGCUGUCUUCUGGAUCUGUUUCCUUCUACUUCACUUAUCUCUGAGCUGUUAGUGAUGCCUAAUCCAUGAAGGGCUAAUAUCAUGACUCACGCUCAUGCUCAAGUUUAAGACAGCUGGACAAUAUCUGUGCAAUAUCUUGUUUGUGGCAGUGGACGUGUCAAUGAGUGAGAAUCUAGGACUUCUCUAAAGAGUACUUUCAGGGUCAUGGAUGUCUAGUCGACUGCUGGUGUUUCUCAGCUCUCUAUGUGAGCGUUAUUUUUCCUGAUGGACUCUAAAUGUGUCACUAGGAGACACUUACCAAGUGCUCAAGGAACUCGGAGUUUUCACAGCUUUGAGUUGUGAUACAGCCUGUCCCUCAGACUCAAGAUCUGUCGGUUAUAUGGUUGGGUGUUCAGUAAUUUUGCACUGUGGGAAUCGGGCUUUGUUUUCCGUCCAGGUUCACUUAUUCUCUCCUUGACUGGGGACACAAAGCAAGACAGCAAGUGAACACUUCUAUGGCUUGUUGCUUCCACACAAGUUGCCAUGUCAGCUGGAGUCCAGAUGAUGAAGGGGACAAUCAGCAGAGCACCACAGGGAGUGAAGGGGGCAUGGCAGGGGAUGGCACCCCUCCCCCCAAGCGUAAGGGCAAGUUCUCUACCCUGGGGAAAAUCUUCAAACCCUGGAAGUGGAGGAAGAAGAAAAGCAGCGAGAAGUUUAAGGAAACUUCAGAAGUUUUGGAAAGAAAGAUGUCGAUGAGAAGACCCAGGCAGGAACUGAUUGAGCAGGGAGUGCUCAAGGAGCUUCCUGAGAAUGAAGCAGGAGAGGCCCAUGGUCAUAAGACACAUUAUGUGAAGAAUGGUCAUACACUACCUGUAGGAGGCAGUGGAGUUGGUCUGGGGCUGGAGCAGGUUUACUCACCCUCCGAAUCAGAAUUCAGGGUCAACCCUGUCUGGCUACCACAGCUCGACGACCGCAGAGUUCAUGUCCCCUCCAAUGGGGAUCAGCACGGGGCACUGGGCCUCCGGGCCCCCAGCCAGGAUGAAGGCAGGAGAAGUGGCUGGGCUCCUGGGACAGAGGACUGGAAAUCGAAUAUGGCCUGGCAAGGCGAUGAUGGCAGACGUGGAGGAAGACCACAUGUUGAUGUGGACAAGAGGCCUGGGCUCAAUAAAGCACCAUCUGAGGAUGGGCGUAGGACUCGCCCUGAGCCAGACUGGAAGCCCACGCUCCCCCGCCACUCAUCCGUCGAGGUGGAAAGGGGAAGACGAGAGUCUGACAGCAAUCAAUACGUUCCCAACUCAGAGGUUCUGAGAGACACUCUUCGAGAGCCUCUGCCUCCCAAACAGUCCAUCAUGCCUCCAAAAUGGCUAAUGACCUCUACCCCAGAACCCGGUGCUGACAGUUUGCCGCGCACCCCUGUUCACAACCCUGCAGCUGCUUUCUCCUCUUCCUCUGCUGCCUCCAACUCCUCCUCAGCUGUCUGCACGGCCGGAAAAACCCUACGAAGUGUGUCCUCAGCUGGCGCCAACACGCAGGUGUCCAGCGGCGGGCCCCUCACCACUUACUCAGGACCAUCCUCUAUGGGCACUGGCCCAACUAAACAGCCCCCACUCCCUCCACCCAAGCCAAUCAACCGUAGCAGUAACCCUGCCUUGUUGGCCUCCACCCUUCACGGGGGUGACGGCAGUGAUUUCCCUCUCUACUGGUCCUGCUGGAAGCGUGAGGGUGAGGGUGACUAUGACGUCUACCUGUCCCUGCCUGUCUACCUCUGCCGAUGGGCAGGAGGCAUGCACACAGCUGAACUCACACAAGGAGGCACCAGUCUAGUACCGGCCAAGCCAUCACCACCCAUGCCCCCAAAGAGGACCACACCCGUCACCAAACGCAACAUGGAGGACUCCCCACUAACCAUAUCCUCUCUUCCCUCCAUGCUGUCGGAGGAUAUGAGGGCCAACAUUCCCGGGGGCUACCAGCUGCCCCCGCCUCCCCCAUCCCCACCUCUCCCAACUCAUAUCCCCUCAUCCCCUCCACGGGCCCACACCCAUCAUCUCCUCCACCAACACUCCUACCCUUACCCCCUGCCCCAGCCACUGCCUGUCCACUUUGACCCUCCAAGCCCGCCAAAGGAACCGUCUGCCCGUCAAGCACCCGUUCCCUUACACAUCAUGAUCCAGAGGGCUCUGAGUAGCCCUGGACCCCCCCUCCCACACCCCGACAGCUCCCAGCGCGCCCACUCGCUGCUGUUCGAGACACCGCCCGAAUACCAAGGUGGCCGCCCACUGCCAGUCACCAUCCAGCCUCUCAAACUGGAUGAGGAUGACUACUCUGAUGAAGACGAGGAGGAUGACGAUGAAGAAGAGCCACCUCCUGAUCACCUCCCAUUCCCAUAUUCCCAGCCAGAGCUCGAGCCUCGUAGCCGCAGGUGCCUUGUGGGGGAUCUGAGCGUCAGCGUCAUACCUGAAGGAAAUGACAGCAGUGAGGAAGAGGAGGAUGAGGAAGAUCAUCAGCCAGAGGAGAGUGACUCAGAUGGGCCUGUGCUCUACAAAGAUGAUGAAUCGGAUGAAGACGAUGAAGAUGACAGUCCACCAAAUGCUCUGGCCAGCAGGGUGAAGAGGAAGGACACAUUGGCGCUGAAACUAAGCAGUCGGCCCUCUGCCCCAGACAGACAGGCUCCCGAGAGGCAGGCCAAAGUGGAGCACACGGGUCUGUCGUGGCAGAGCAAGGAGCAGUGGGAGGCCAUCCGCGCACAGAUUGGUACCGCACUCACGCGACGAUUGAGCCAGAGACCUACUGCUGAGGAAUUGAAACAGAGAAACAUACUCCAGCCCAAAAAUGAAGCAGACAGACAAGCAGAGGUCAGGGAGAUCAAGCGCAGACUUACCAGAAAGUUGAGCGAACGGCCUACAGUGGCCGAACUACAGGCCAGAAAAAUUUUACGUUUCCACGAGUAUGUGGAAGUCACAUGUGCCCAGGACUAUGACCGCCGUGCUGACAAGCCAUGGACCAAACUCACUCCUGCAGACAAGGCUGCUAUUCGUAAAGAGCUCAAUGAGUUUAAGAGCUCUGAGAUGGAAGUGCAUGAGGAGAGCCGAAUUUACACAAGAUUCCAUCGUCCUUAACAUCAUCUUUUACCUGAAAAUGAAGCACUUAAAGGCCGGUGGAUAUGGAGAAGCAAUUUUUCUGUUGAGGAGACUCAGGGUGUCCGAGCUCCCCUACAAACUGCUUUUAAUAGUAAUGAAUGUACUUCUUCCAAUGCACAGGUACACCUGGAGCAUUAAAAAUAAAAAACGAACAAAAAUAUGGACCGUUCCUCAGUCCUCCACCCACUGACAACCUCUCAGUGUGUGAGAGGUGACCUUUGGGGGACAGAUGCAGUAUUUCUCCUGGACUUUAGGGGACCCAUGUGCCAAGACAGAGAGGUGAUGAAGGACUUAUUAUAGAGGAUGUGUGGAGUGUUACUUGUGCCAGUGGCAAGCAUCGCUAUAGACACUCCUCAAAAACUGAUCUCAUUCACAGAUAUGCCACUUUUCUCUCUGAAUGGCCUUUUUUCUGCUUUUACUGCAUAUGACAAACUUUAUUUCCUUUCAGGGAAGUGUAGCAAAGUUAAAAAAAUAAUAGUAAUAAUAAUGUGACAAUAAUAAAAACAGUAAUUCUACAGUAAGAGUUAGUUACUGAGUAUAGCAGGGCAGAGGUGUGGACUGAAGAACUGCAAGAUAAGGCCUGAGCCUGGAGGUUCAUUUGUGUGUUUGUCUAUGUUUGUAUAGGCUGCUGUACUUAGUCUGAUUUUUUGGAACGUUGAAAAUGUUAGAAACUGUAAGGCUCAAGAUUUUUUUUUUUCUCUCUCUCUCGUUAUUUUGGCCAUCUUUAAUUCAAAACUUUAUCAUAUUCUUCCCCACAUAUUGGGUCUCACUGUUUGAGCAUUCAUUUAUUAUAGAAAAGAAGAUAGGAUUAAUUGUAUUUCUUAAUAGGUUGUAAACAUUUCUUAUCACGUUAUUGAUCUACAGCAAAACCGCAUUUUCUGAUUUUUUUAAUGCCUUUUUUUUUUUUAAGUCAAGAUAUUUGUUCUCUCUAAAGUAAAAGUGAGGUCCAGAUAUUUCAGAUAGAAAAAUAGUGUCCAAAUCUUGUUUACAAAAUAUAUCAUUUCUAAAUAAAAUAAAGAUUUUCUGGUUAUUUAUGAUCCAUUUUCAAGGAGAAUGAAGAAAGUCAGGGCACGCACUGAUGCAGCUCUAAAAAUCAAGUUUUCAUGAAGUGUUUUUGACAGGGAGAUAUUGCGGCAGGAACUCGUCGAUUUUGCUUUUAUUUUACCAUGCAUUGUUUUUGGUCAGUAGAAUAAUGAAUAGCUAUUGCUCUGCUGUACAGAUCCAUUCUGCAGAUGAACUUGACUGUUUGUGUAUAUCUUGUCUUCCUUUUAUUUGGAAAAAUAUUUUAAAUAUAUUGAAACUUAUAUAGGUUACUAUUUUUUUAAGCACAAAAUUAUUUGUGUAUUAUUCAACACUACACAAAUGGGGGCAGAAUGUACCCGUUCUGUUUUAAUGUAGUGUUGUAUCUUGCUUUUUAAUUAUAUGUGAAUAUUUAGGAAUUGACAGUAAUUAUUAUUAUUAUUAUUUUUUUGUUUAGAUGUAAACACCUCUAAAUCUAAAUUAAAAUGCUUACCAAUAA